AUGGUGGGCGGCCGCUUCGCAAUGGCAGGGCUGUUGGUGAUGGCAGGGGCACUACGAUGCUGCUGUUUCCAGGUGCUGGUGCAAGGUGGGGGGACGCUUGUCGUUCAAAAACCGGCGGGUCUGGCAGCUGAGAAGAGGAUAAGCUCCCCUUCAGACUCGAUGAUUGAGAUCGUGCGCAGGUCCCACGAGGCCCCGCAGGCUCAGCUGCCUCAUAGGUUGGACAAGAUGACAGGAGGCGUUCUUGUCGUAGCCCUUACACAGCAAGCCUUGUCCUGGCACAACAAGUGCAUCGAGCAGAAGGUCUGGGGGCCGAAGAUAUACGCAGCGCGCCUCGCAGGGGCUCGGGUGGCAGAGGGGGAGCACAAGGCUUACUUGAAGCGUGUCGGUCAGAGAGCAGUCUGUGUUCGUUCAGGGGGGAAGCCUUCGUUCUUGGACGUCUUGUAUCAGGAGCCAACCCCAGGACGUGAAGGGUUGUCCACAGAUGUCAUCAUCAGCCUUCGAACCGGCCGGUACCACCAGAUCCGAGCGAUGAUGGCAGACGCGGGCAACCCUGUCUUAGGGGAUGUGCUCUACGGGGACAAGACAAGGGUGACGCCUCUCCUCACCCACGCGCUGUUGGGUCUACCCGUGCCGGACGAUCAGGUUGGCUCGUUCCCCAAGGAACUGAUGUUCGAAGGAUCGGAUCAUACCAAGAAGCUUCUGAUUCCGGCAGCUGAACUGUCUCCGCCUGAUGUACAAGUGUUCAGCUCGGGCUUUAUCUCCUUCCUCUCUGAAUAUGCCGCGAACAUUCGCCGGCAAGCGCAAUGCUGA